AUGUCCCUCGAUCCCGAACGCGCGUCCGCGGAUGUCGCCGCGUCGUGUUCGCGAGCGCGCUCGCGUCAGGCUCGAGCGAUGCUCGAAGAGUUCUUUUACCCCGUCGCCGAGGGAGCGAAGACGGAGAUCGCCGCGACGUGCCCGUUCAGUCGCAUCCGGGACGUGUUCUACGAGCACGAGCGGCACAAGGAGCGCGUGCGGCACUCGAAACAAUACUGGCGGUCGCUGUACAGCGGGAAGGUGUUCAAGAGCGAGUAUUACGUAGAUAAACAUAUGGAGAGACGACACGGCGACAAGAUCCCUCCGGGGGCAAACGUGUGCCUGGCGGAUCACUGCGAGGUGCUUCAGUGCGACAGGCACGCGUCGUACAUGAACGGGGAGCGAGGAAAGUUGGUGCGUUGCGAUGCGGCGCACAUGGCGGAUGUUCAGGCUGAGUGUCGGAAAAUGUUGAAGUCUUGUUUUCCGCACGAGAGCGGCCGUGCCGCGGAGAGGUCGCGCAAGGUUCACGAUUAUUUAAACAAGUAUUACUGCGACCAGCUCACGUGUGUGGGCGUCGGCGGGGUUUUCGAAUUGAUGAGCACUCAUCACGAAACCGCCGGCGCGAGCUAUUACGUCUCCUUGGGAUUCGUUAUGCUGCUCGUCGCGCUGUAUUACUUUUUGGUGUAUUCAUGGGUGAACGGUCGAGGCGUGAGUCUGGACGUCAAGCGCGCGCAUCGACGCGCGCGCGCGUCGUGGAUUGAUUAUUUCCCGCGUGCGCUAAUCACGUUUCUCAAAAUUGAAAAGCGAAAACGCAAAGCGUACUGA